UUAAAAAAAAGUUCCUGUCAUUUAUGUGAUAUGAAUGGUUACUGUUGAAAGUGCAAAUAAAAACAGUUUGAAUAGUAAACAAUUCCUCAUUUUCUUCCAGAUUCACCCAACUGUUUACAAGGGGGAUGCCCUUCUAACACCCCUUUGUGAAGGCCCUAAUAAGUACAAGUGCACAUUCUGCAGCAAGGUGGGGGACUAUGGCCAUAUUGUGGCACAUCUGCAGACCCAUAGAAGAACGGCUGUUAAACAUGGAGGAUUCACAAUGUACAGGUGCAAUGGUGUGUGUUGCAAAUCCUCACAUUUCCACUGCUGCUACUGUGGGGAGAUCAGAACCCAGCCCACUAUUCUGAAACAUGUUCAGAAGUGCGCAGGGGCAGCCUGCAGCGUUGGAUCGCUUCGCCAGACCGCCACUGUCUCCUCCUCAGCCUACCCUGUCACCUCUGCAGCCUCCCAAAUUGCCACAGCAUCUGUAGCCUCCACUCCACUCCAAGCCAUCAGUCGCAGCAAAGUAGUCCAGUUAAGGGCCAAAACUGAAUUAUAUAUGAAAAACCUCAAGACCCACAUGGAUCGACGUCACUCAUCAUCUGUUCCUGAUAUUACUUCUAAUCACCAUCUUCCAUCCCAAUGCUUAGACCUCAAAAAGGGCAUUUUUGCUGUUGGAAGAACAUUUUCUGGGCUGAGAAACCCCAUUCAUGUACAGAAGUUCACCUGGGGAAACAGCCACCAAGUUGUUUGUUAGCUUGAAAAUUGCAAGAAGGCAUCAGAAUUGUUAAAAUGUUUAUGUUUAAUGAAGACUUUCCUCUUUGUAUGUACUGUAUA